UGUGUAAACGAAGAGGCUAGCUCUUCUGUAUCAAAAAUAAAACACAAAUUGUUUGCUGCAACGUUUUUUCGAUGGCGACAGUGGAACCCAAACGCAUCCUUUUACUUAGUGGGAAACACAAAUCUGGAAAAUAUUACGUGACGGAUUUGAUUCACAAAAGACUAGGUCCAGAUGUAUGCUGUAUCUUGCGUAUCUCGGGUCCUCUCAAACAGCAAUACGCACAGGACCAUGGAUUGGACUUUGAGGAGCUGUUGGGAGCAGGUGAGUACAAGGAGAAGUACCGUGCUGACAUGAUCCAGUGGUGUGAGAAGCAGAGGGAGAAGGGCCCAGGGUUAUUCUGUCGUGUGGCCAUCAAGGCAGCCCACCAGCCUAUCUGGAUUGUGAGAGACACAUGACAUCUGUCAGAUCUGCAGUGGUUCUGGAGGGAGUAUCCUGGUCAGUCUCGAUGGGUUCGGGUGGAGGACUCAGAAGAGACACGGAGGGAGAGGGGCUGGGAGUUCACAACAGGUGCAAUACCUACACUGAUAAUAUUAGUGAUAUGUUCUUCACUUUCGGAGAAAAUACUUCAACACCACACCCUCUCUCUGCAGGAAUAGAUGAUGCAGUCUGAAUGUGGGCUCGACCAAGGAGUAGAUUUUGAUUGGAUUACCCAUGGUAAAAUUAGUGCAAUACUGCAUUGCACACCCAUUCAACAAUUAAAAUGUACUAGACACAGACAUGAUCAAUGUUCUAAUAGCAGGGUUAGUGUUAGUUCAUAACAUUUUAAAGUAGACUUGGAGGUGGUAGUAGCAGCACCUAAAUUGGAGUGGUAUCAAACUGAAAAAAAAAAACAAUACAAAAAUUGGAAUGUCAAUA